AGUUUACUGGGUGACAUAGUGCUUGGGGUUUCAGGGGCAGGGAGAAUCCCGAACAGGUUGACCGUCCAUCACUGGCAGAUGGACAAUACCAGGAUGAACUCCUUCUUAGAGUACGCAAUUUGUAAUCGUGGGACGAGCGCCUACUCAUCCAAGGGUUACCACCAUUCAGAACAAGGGAUAACAGCUUUCGCUCCUUGUGCAGGUAACGUUGACAAUUGCAAUGGUGAUGGACGAUUCUUAGUAGGAGGAAACGCACACAAUGCAUUUCAGCAUCAGCACCAGUCAGCCAGUUCCUCGCAUCAUUCCAGUUUGGGGAACCCAUACGCCAGUUCAGGCCCCAACAACUACACGACCCAAACUUGCAACUCGGGUUACAAUCACCAUUACUUUUUCAAUCAAGAAACGGAUGGGGCAUACUUUCAAAGCUCGGGGUACACUGCCAAUAUAGCGUCCAAUGUCAAUCCGCUUUCAGACGGUUAUUGUGGUGUCUCAGGGCCGGGUCAGUAUCAGCAUUCCUACGGCCAAGAGCAACAGGGUUUGGCGUAUGGGAUUUGUGCUAAUCUGUCUCCAUCUCAAGAGGUGGAGAAGGAACCUCCCGGCACCUCUGAUUCAUCCUCUUCGGGCCAGACGUUUGACUGGAUGAAAGUGAAAAGAAAUCCUCCUAAAACAGCCAGAAUUGCUGAUUACGGUUUAGGUGGUCAGACGAAUACAAUGCGGACCAAUUUCACCACCAAGCAAUUAACAGAACUGGAGAAAGAAUUCCAUUUUAACAAGUACCUGACCCGCGCCAGGAGAGUGGAGAUAGCUGCCACGCUUGAGCUGAAUGAGACCCAAGUAAAAAUCUGGUUCCAGAACCGCAGGAUGAAACAGAAGAAGCGAGAGAAGGAGGGAUUCGCACCCCACUUCUCCGUUUACUCUGCAAAAGAGACCGGAGACGGUUCAGACAAAUCAUCCACUACCUCUCCAUCCACAUCGCCCAGGUCGUCCACAUCAGAAAACCUCCAGACCUCUUAACUCGGGCUAUAUAUAUAACGAAACUAACAAAAAGAGAAUAUGACUUUAAAUUCUUUCAUUACUGGUGUUAAUUGCCCUUUCUUUUAUUGUUAACAUUGUUAGAAGCUCAGGGAAAUUACCAAAAAAAACAUUGCACUUUUCCCAUGUUUACAACGUCAGAAUCCCACAUUUUGAUACCUAUGAUUGCAAUACUGUAACAUCACAUUGACCGGCUGCUUGUAUAUUAUAUAGAUAUAUUUAGCUUGCGAUUUCGACUGCUCGCCUUAAGUCAUUGUUAACUUCAUAGGGAGUCACACAGCCUUGACGUCUAUGCAUAGAUGUAGAUCUCAGUUUAUUUUGUAUUUAAGAAAUGUGAUUUUAAACGAAAGUGUUUGUAUAUAUCGGAAAUUGAGAGAGGAAAAAAAACACACUGUUAUUCUGCAGUUUGAUGCGUUUUAUGAAAUCUGUGGUACUUCUUUGAUUGCACUAAGAAUACUGUAACAGGGUCAGCCAUUAAAAAUAUACAUGAUAGGGUUAGAAAGGAGAUGCAGAUUGGAAGAAAUUGAAUGAAAAAUGUAGCAGGCGCGAGUUAAAUGUCAACAUAUAAAUACUAAUCUCAUUAUUUUAUUUUUAUGGCUUUUUCGUUUGUUUUAUUAUUAAGAGAUCAAAGCUGGUUGUU